GUCACUUCCGGUCAUGUUGUUGUUGGUUGUUUUGUGUUUCGCCCGUGCGCUUGCGUGAUCUGUUUUGUUUUUACAUGGUGUGGUUAUAUUGGCAUGGAUGAAUCAUAUAUUGAUGCAUUCAGUUGGUCCAAUUAGAUUGCAGAGCCAUUGGCGUUAGUUUCUCCGUCCGUCUGUCUGAGGAGGCCUACUUAUAUUACGAGAUAUGUUCUGACAUGUAAGCGUCUUUAUACUGGACCAGUUUUCACACAGCCAUGGCAAAGCAUCGUCAGGCAGAGCCUGCUGCUCCGGCGCCGCAGCCAACAGCAGAGAAGGACACCCAGAACAAACGAACUCGGCCCAUGCCCGUUUUCUUUUGGGAGACUGUGCACGUCAUGCGGUGGAUGAAACGUUGCUGUACUGAAUAUCAUGCGCUUUACGGCUCGUACUUCUUGGAUCAUGAAAUCACAGGGCGGUCCCUUGUGCGUUUGAAUGAUAUCAGCCUCGAAAAAAUGGGCAUCAAGGAUAAAGCACACCGUGAUGACCUAUGCCGAGAAAUACUGAAAUUGAAGCUCAAGAGUGACAUUUUGGAGAUGAGAGAUUUGGAGUCCAGAGGGACCGGAUUCUCCACUGUGGGUGUGAGCUAAUGGCAUCACCCUCAAAUGGCAUCAUCAUUUCAUCGUCAUCAUCAGGUGGCCACGUUGAUAAAAAAAUGGGACCACAUUUUAUACAAAGUUUUAUUUCUAAAUGAACACAGUACGUGUAAGUUGAGUUAUUUGUUGAAAUACAGUCAGUGCACCUGCCUACAAGUUGUGUUGAAGGAAAAAAGAAGAACAAUGGCAGUGAUUUUGCAAAAAACUAUGCAUAAACAAAUUGUAUAAUACUGCGAUGCUACAAGCAACAUAUCUGAGUAACAUAUAGUCUACAUAUAUAUAUGUGUCAUUGGGUAUUUUUAUUAUCUGCAGCAAAUGCAAUAUGCGCACCUAACUCACGUUGAUUGAAGGCAAAGCUUAACCACAAUAAACAAGGUACUUGUUAACAAGGACUCGUACUACAGCAUUUUGUGUUGUGCAAAACAUGAAAGUUUGUGUUCUGCACAAGAAACGUGUUAUGUGGUCUCAUUGUGUAAUUAUGUCUUGCCACGUGCCCUUGCAUACGAAGCAGCAAUCUAUUUUUGUGCUGCUUCAUUAGGGAUGUGCUCUCAUUUCAUUACUAUUCCAUUUCAUGUCCCGCUUUCGUAUGCUCGGCAUACCCAUCAACAGAGCCACUAGCUUUCUGCGGAAUUGGCCCCGUCUCACGGAACCUGCUGUUUCUCUCAGAAUUGUGUGUUUCUCGCGUAAGAUUCAGUAUAUUCCAGAAUUAUGUAAGGAUUUCAAUCGCUCUGCAACGUUUUCGCGAGUUAAACCAGAUCGGUUGUGACUGCAAUGCCUCAAGCAACCGAUACUGAUGGAACUUACAAGGCUGAAUGUGCCACGACGAAAGAAAAUUUAAUGACAGGAAACUCCGGAGAAAAAUUGUUAAGUAUAAUUUUCUUUGUGCACUGAAAAGUUACGAAAAGCUGGAAAGUGCACGUACUGAGCGGGCAUGCGAUCAUGGCAGUAUGCUGCAACAUUUUUCUGCCUUUUUUUUUCUUUUCUUUUUUUUUUUUUUUUU